AUGAGCACGCGUAGUUUUCAGUUACCUUCCGACCGGGACACCACAGUCCAGGUGGGCUUUUGGAACGGCUCCAGCGACCAGUUGGAUGUUGUUACGGAUUUCCCCUCCAACUACUCGUUCGGCGCUGACGAGGAAGAAAGGGAUGCCAGGAUGGUGGUGAUCCAAUUCAUUUAUGCCAUCGUGUGCUUGGUGGGACUCAUCGGCAACUCCAUGGUUAUUUUCGUCAUCCUGAGGUACGCCAAGAUGAAGACGGCCACCAACAUCUACAUCCUGAACCUGGCGAUAGCAGACGAGCUCUUCAUGCUGAGCGUUCCCUUCCUCUCCGCCUCGGCUGCCUUACAACGUUGGCCCUUCGGCUCGCUCAUGUGCCGCACCGUCCUCAGCGUGGAUGGCAUCAACCAGUUCACCAGCGUGUUCUGCCUGACCGUGCUCAGCGUGGACAGGUACGUGGCGGUUGUCCACCCCAUCAAGGCAGCGAGGUACAGGAGACCCACCAUCGCCAAGAUCAUCAACAUCUGUGUCUGGAUCUUCUCCCUCAUUGUGAUCUUGCCCAUCAUUAUAUUCGCGGGCACGACGCCCAGCGAGGACGGCGGCGUCCACUGUAACUUUCUCUGGCCCCAGCCUUCCUGGUCGGUGGCUUUUGUCAUCUACACCUUUCUGCUGGGUUUCCUGAUCCCCGUCGUCGCCAUCUGCCUCUGCUACAUCCUGAUCAUCGUGAAGAUGAGAGUAGUUGCCCUGAAGGCUGGCUGGCAGCAACGCCGACGGUCCGAGAAGAAGAUAACCCGCAUGGUGUUGAUGGUGGUAACUGUCUUCGUUAUCUGCUGGAUGCCCUUCUACGUUUUACAGCUGGCCAAUAUUUUUCUCUCCCUCAACACCACGGUCACCCAGUUGUGCCUUAUACUCAGCUACGCCAACAGCUGCGCAAACCCAAUCCUCUAUGGCUUUCUAUCUGACAAUUUUAAGAGAUCCUUCCAGAGGAUUUUGUGCUUCCGUUGGCUAGAGAACGGUACCGAGGAACCAGUGGACUAUUACGCCACUGCCCUGAAGAGCAGAGUGUGUGGUCCCCUCGAAUUUCAGCCGGGUAACGCCGCUUCUGACCCCGUGUACAGGAAUGGUACUUGCACUUCAAGAAUGACCACAUUGUGA